AUGUUCAAGUAUUUUUUAUACACCUUUUUUGCUUGGAAUCUGUGGGAAUCGCAUGCUCAAGAAGAGGACAAACCGAAAAGCCGAAGUCAUGUGGCCGUUCCACAAAUGCCGCUGCUUGAUCAGAUUGGCGCACAUCAGCAACAAUGGUUUAGAUACAAUUCCCUAAAGGAAACCGAAGCUCAGGAGAAACUCGAAAGGUUGGAGAGAGGAAUUGAAGGCCAAUUGCAGGCGGUACAAAUCAAAAUGGGCAUCGAACUGAAGGCACUACGGAACGUUAUGGAACAGCAAUCGCAGGAUUCUCCGGACAAAAGGGAAGCUCUCCGCUUAAUGAACCAGGGGAUAUGGACGAGGAUCGGAUCGCGGUUCUUUUACAUUGAGAGGCACGAGACACUGAACUACCAUGGUGCAUCAGAUAGAUGUCGUCAACUAGGAGGAUUCCUGGCGACAAUCCAGGACGAACACGAAUAUAAUGAGCUCUUUUCCAAAGUAAAUAAUUGGAAUUACUGGAUCGAUAUCAACAACCUGGGAAUGGUUAACCAGUUUACUUCAUCAUUUACCGGCAGUGCCCCGCCAUACACCAGAUUUGCAAGUGGUACAACAAAUAAUCGAUGCGUUGCCGUAAGUGGACGCAAUAAGUACAUGUACCGCCAGGAUUGUUUUAGUCGGCUCCGUUUCGUAUGCCAAUCUGAGCGAUGGUAA